AUUUUUACCUGUUCCCGAGUGUGGUUAAAGAUUCCGAAAAGUUAUUAAAAGCUAUUAAAUUCGGUUACUGGCAUGUCACGGCAGAAUAAUUUACCGAAUGUUUCACCGAAAGUGACUUUUGGAACACCAACGCUGAACGAGUGGAAGCAGUUUUUACGCAGUGAGCAAAACAAACCAAUGAAGAGACAAGAAGCUAACUCUUCUCCAUCAUCCGAGGAAUCGUCCUUUGAGUUGGACGAAAGUUUUCGAGCGUUGCUUGAACGCAAACGACGCGAGAUGGCAGAAAACCUUCGCGAUCUAAACGAGUCUCGAGAAAAUGCUCAAAUCGAAACAGCAGCAAAAAGGGCCGAACCGAUCGGCGACGAUUCAACGUUUAUCGAGGCGGAUUCCAUAAGAAACAUAUCGGAUACUAGCUUCGAAGAAAUGGAACAAAUGUGCGCACUUUUGGAGAAAGCAAACAAAUUGAACGACGGUGGUGAGCCUUCCGCAGCUUCCGGUGCGACAGCCACAACAGUGGUUCAGGAAUCCUCCGGCUUUGGCGACGUUACGCAGCUAGACGACAUUGACGAGCCUUCCGGUCUGUGGGAAAACACAAUUUUGCCAGGUAUUGCUGCAGCGAUGUCGCCCGUAAAGCGUUUGCAUUUACUGAGACCCUCAACCAUUAUCGAAGAGUGUACGAUGGUUGGUGGAGAGAUGCGCAGCUCACUUGAGACAAACACAACACAAGACACCUUCCAAUCGACAAAGCAAACGGUCGACGUGGGCAAUGGAAGCUCGGCAGUCAGCGGUAGCGACGUUUACAGAACCGCGGAAGAAGACACCUUUGCUUCGAGCAUCGAUUCUUGCGCACAAACUACAGAAAUGGAUUCAAGAAUGGCUAACGAUGCGUUUGAAAGCGUUCAACAAACAAGCUGCACGAACAAGGUGGAAAAUGAAGAGGAGGAAUCCGGCUACAGUCAAAACUCAACCAGAGAAGCCGGCAGUAAUGAUUUAGAGGAGAGCAAUAUUAUCGUGCUCGACAGCAGUACGAGCGAAGCUGAAGAGGAUGAUAAAUUACAAGAAGAGUCCGGAAUCACAACGGCAAGCCACUCGUAUCCGGUCAAUACAUCCGAGGAAGAUGAAUACCAUCAUGUACAGCAAGAGGAACGUCCGCUUUCUGAUCAUUGCAUUGAAAGCCAAAAUCUAUCUGGUUUGGAUGAAAUUCCCGAUCAUUUUAACGACACCCUGGAGGAAACUGACUUUAUGAUGAAACAAGGAAUGAAGUUGAUGGCAAUGAGGCAGAUGCACCAAUUGGCGCAGGAAGAAAGUCUCCUUGAUGCGCUCCAGAAGCCUGCUCCUCAAUCUCCUGAAAAAUGUGCCGUUCCGUCGUAUCUGGAACCGCGACACGCCGCACCUAACGUUUCCGUCCAACAGCAACGAUCAGCCCAAAAAAUAACUAAAUCUCGCACCAACUCGGGCUCUGAGGAAUCAACGGUCAUACGACCGAAAAAUCAUACUCCUUUCGAGCGAACGAAUCUGAAAGGACAGGCAUUUUCCGCCUCCAAGCUAACACCUGUCGGCACGACUAUGUCCAAGAAGAAUAUCGCUGCGUCGGCAGGUGGAAGUUGCAAGCAAACGCUCUUCCCCAGCGUCAGUAAGUAUGGAGCAAAGAACACUCCGAGUAACACGUCAAUUAGUAGCUCGUUCAAGAAACCCAACAGUCGUCUGCCACAACCGUUGAAGCUUACGCGGAAGUUUGAACAUAUCCAAUCACCCAUUGGUGCUUAUAUUAAGAAGACUCCGCAAAGUUUGCUGCAGACAAAAAUAAACUGCCCGCAGCAUGAUCUGAUUGAAGUACUCCACAGCGAGCAUCAUGGUCGCGACAGUGUCAUGACCGGUGGUAAGAGUAAGGAAAACUAUAAUGCCCUGGCGAAUGGUGCUCUGAACGUAAAGGGAUACACCUCUUCCAUUCCUGGCAAAGGUGUCGUGAGCUCUAAUCGUGCCCACGUGCUCGAUGAGCGCAAUACUCUGCGCAUUCCUGGUGGAGAGAAGAUGCAAAAGCUCCUACAUAGCUCUCCAACACUCGUUAUUCGCCACGAAGGACGCAUUCGGUAUGCAUCUGGAGCGUCUGGAUCAACGCACAAGAAUUUGCCAAGCAGUACUUUUGAGGACGAUAGUUUGGCGGACUUGUCUGUGGUCUCUAGUGAUGUAUCGGUGCGAGUGUUGAAAGAUGCUAAGCGUUAUUAGAUUUCACACGCUUCAAGAAUCUCAUGUAAAUCAUUCCUUUUUUGUUUUACUAACAGACUUUUUUCAAAGUAAUGUCGAAUUUCCGGAUUUGUGCCAACCCGUGGAGGGUUGGGAUUUUUUUUUGUUAAUUUUCAAUCACCCGCACCGAUCGUUCAUAAGAUCUUUCUUUAAUUCUGCCAUCCUUCAAUCUGCAAAUGUAAUUCUGAAGUUUACUCAAUA